CUCUGCCUGCCGUUGUAUUGGGCAUUUGAACCUCUCCCCAUUGGUCUACUCGCACCGCUGACGCUCGCAACCAUAGGAUCCAUCCAGAGGGAGACCUGAUCUACCUCCAUUCAUCCUCCAUCUGCGAACAUCUCCAUCAACCAGCCUCGACGUAUCUGUCGCACACCUGGUGCUCUGUGACCUAGUCAAUGGUCAAGCUUGCUGUGCAACACAGACACUCAGACAUCAGACGUAUUCAAGCUCGCUCCACGAAAGCGAGCAAGCAGUAGACAUGCUGAUCGCGAAGUGCUCGACCAGCAUGCUCGCUCGACCUUUCGCGGUGGCCCGCACAGCCGCAGCGGCCUCCUUGGCAGCUGCUGCUGCACCCUACUCCUCGACUACUUGCAGUCGCCGCCUUGAAAUCACAAACAUUAUCAGCAACAGUGCAUGGGGGAGUGCGAGGUCUGCCUCCACCGUUUCUCAGCGGCUCAGUAACAGUCGCCGCUGCCGCAGCACCGAUAGCGCCCAGCAGCAGCGAAGGAGCCUCACCACUGUCGUUCGGGAAGAUGCCAGUGAUCGAGAAACGAUCACGCGCCUACUCUACUCACUGGCCUCUCGCAAAGAGGUCGAGCGCUAUCUCCGGAUCUUCUCCGCCGCUAACAAGUUUGCCGUCCUCAAGGUCGGCGGUGCCAUUCUCACUCACCAGCUUGACGAGCUUGCGCUCUCGCUCAGCUUCCUUCACAGGGUCGGCCUUUACCCGGUCGUGGUGCACGGCGCGGGGCCGCAGCUGAAUGAGAUCCUUGAGCGUGAAGGUGUGAACCCCGACUACAUCGACGGAAUUCGCAUCACCGAUGCGAAGACCCUCCAAGUCGCACGCAAGGUCUUCCUUGAGGAAAACAUGCGCCUGGUGGAGAAGCUCGAGUCGCUCGGCUCGCGCGCGCGGCCUAUCCCGCUAGGCACGUUCACCGCCGACUACCUCGACAAGGAAAAGUACGGGCUCGUGGGCAAGAUCUACUCGGUCGACAAGGAACCUAUCGAGUCCGCCAUUCGCGCCGGUUGCCUGCCCAUCCUUACAAGCUUGGCGGAGACGCCAGAUGGCCAGAUCCUCAACGUCAACGCCGACGUCGCCGCUUCGGAGCUGAGCAAGGUGCUUGAACCGCUGAAGAUCGUCUACCUCAACGAGAAGGGAGGUCUCUUCCACGGCAAGACUAAAGAGCUGCUCGAGACGAUCAACCUGGACGAAGAGUACGACGACUUGAUGAAGCAAGAGUGGGUCAAGUAUGGAACCAAGCUCAAGCUACGCGAGAUGAAGGAGCUGCUCGACCACUUGCCGCGCUCGUCGUCCGUCGCAAUUAUUUCGGUGGACCAACUGCAAAAGGAGCUGUUCACAGACAGCGGCGCUGGCACGCUGAUUCGCCGCGGCUACAAGCUCUACAAGCACAGUGAUAUUGAGGCGGCCGGCGCCGAGCGUCUGCGUUCAAUUUUGAAGGAGAACGACGAAGAGGUGCGCUCGGGACGCAAGACUGUCGCACAGUUCUUCUCCGAGCUUUCCAAAACGCCGUACACGAUCUACGGAGACGAGCCGGGCGACGUCGUUGCCUUUGUCGCACACCCGUCCGGACAACAGGUGCCCAUUCUGACCAAGCUCGUGUCGACCAAGAAUGGCGUGCUGAACAGUGUCACCGACAAUGUCUGGAGUCUCAUCAAGCGUGACCACAAACGACUCAUCUGGACUGGCCGCGCCGACGAUGAGAACCGCGCCUGGCACUACGAGCGCGCCGACGGAAGCUUUACGCGGAACGGCCGGAGCCUCUUCUACUAUGGCAUCCAAGACGUCGCCGAGGUCGAGCGGGUGCUUCGGGAGGUGGAGACCUCCGGGCGUAUCGAAAGGGCCUACCUGCCGCUGCACGCCACGCGACCGGCAUCGUCUGCGACAGGCACGCGCGGCUUGCACACGUCUGCGCGCGCAUUGAGCCGCAGCUGCAGCACCCCCUUUCGUGCUGCUAGCGGGCGCCGCGGCUAUGCGACGGCAGUCGAAAAGAGCGGCCCGCUCCCCGGUGAGACGACUGAGAAAAAGCGUGUCGCGUUGAUUGGCGCGCGAGGCUACACAGGCCAAGCGCUCGUCUCGCUGCUCGACAAGCACCCCUACCUCUCUCUCUCGCAUGUCUCGUCGCGCGAGCUCGCUGGCCGCAAGCUCGAAGGCUACAACAAGGAGGAGGUGCGCUACUCGAACAUCGGUGUCGAGGACCUGCGCAAGCUCGAAGCCGGCAAGGGCGACAGCGCUCCGCCAGACGCUUACAUCAUGGCACUGCCCAACGGUGUCUGCAAGCCAUUCGUCGACGCUGUUCUCCAAGGAAGCAAAGAGCGCGCCGGAAAGAAUCGCGCCAAGGUAGUCGACCUCAGCGCAGAUUAUAGAUUCGAGAAGGACUGGACGUACGGGUUGCCAGAGCUCUACUCGCGACAGGCGAUCCGCGACGCGACACUGAUUUCGAACCCGGGCUGCUACGCGACCAACACGCAGGCGCUGAUCGCGCCGCUCCUGCCAUACCUUGAUUUGAGCUGUCCACCGACAGUCUUUGGGGUGUCUGGCUACAGCGGCGCUGGCACCAAGGCAGCGCCGUCGGGCGGCAGCUCGGGCGGCGGAGCGUCAAAGACCGUGCCCAAGAUCGCGCCCGAGGACUUGGCUGGAGGUGUGCGGCCGUACUCGCUGACGGACCACAUCCACGAGCGCGAAGCGUCACGACACCUCAGCAAGCUGCUCGGCGCCGGCCACGCCGAGGACGCUCUGCAGGUCGCCUUCAUCCCGGCCGUCGCGCCGUGGUUCCAGGGGAUCCUGUCGACCGUUAGCGCGCCGUUGAGCAAAAAGUUGACCGCCAAGGACGUUCGUGCGCUCUUUGAGGAGUACUAUGCGAAAGAUGACCUCGUGCAAGUCGGCCUGCAGGUGCCAGAGGUCAAGGAUAUCUCGCUCACGCAUGGGAUCAAGAUUGGCGGCUUCCAGGUGCACUCGUCCGGAAAACGCGUCGUCGCCGUCGCCGCCCUUGACAACCUGCUCAAAGGCGCUGCGACGCAGUGUCUGCAGAAUUUGAACAUCGCACUCGGCUACGAGGAGCUGGCGGGCAUCCCUCUCGACUGAUCUCUGACGGCUUUCCAUGUACACGCGUCGUUACCCGCUGUACGUAGCAUUGAUUGUACCUCGCAAAAAUUGAAGUUAGAAUCGCA